UUUUUUCUUUGAAAAAAAGAAAGGCGAGUCUUCUUCUAAAAGCAGAAAGCUACAGUGAAUCCACUAGCUUCCCUGGUAAACUGAUUUAAUCUUUAUGUGCCCUCUAUCCCAAGAAAUGGCAUCUGAAUUCAGGGUUACAUUUCUGUAAUGUCUGUACCCAGCUCCAUGAGUGUUUUGGCUUUGUCAGGGAGGAUGGAAAGCUGCUCGCUGUCAGUUUGUUCCUGCGCAAGUAUUUGUAGGCAGCAGUCAAGGCACCUCUGAACUUUCUGUUCAAUAUGCUGCACUAACUGAGCUCCUUAAGCCUCCCACUUAAAAGUUGGUUUUAUUUUUUCUUCCCCAUCCUUGGAUCUCUUUCUACAAGCCUUCUUUGAGCUCCACCCAGUACUCCCACGCCUUUCCUGAACAGGACUGUGUGUAACAGUUGCCUGGUUGUCUUACCUGUGCUCUACACAUUGUUUCCUCGCUUCUGCCCGGUAGUCCCUUUUUAUACCCCUGGGGAUUAUGUUGGUGCUUCUAGCCCCACCAGCAAUGCUUCCAGCUCUAAUUGAAGCAGUGACCGAGGACAUGUCUGUGACCUUUCCAAGCAGAGCCUUCCAUCCCGGAGGUACUCCACAUCUGCAUUCUCCAAACUAAGCAAAGUAGGGAUCCGACAUCCUCCACCUCUUCCUUUCAUUGGAAACCUGCUCUUUUUCAGUGAGGGUUUUUGGGAAAAUCACACAAAACUCAUAACGGAGUAUGGACCUGUUUGUGGGUAUUACAUUGGUCGCCAAAUGUUUGUGGUGGUCUCCACACCAGAGAUGAUCAAGCAAAUCUUAGUGACAGAUUUCAGUAACUUCACCAACAGAACUAAGCCGAACUUGAUUUCCAAGCCAAUGCUUGACAGCAUCCUUUGUCUUCGUGAUGACAGAUGGAAGCAUGUCCGGAGCCUCCUGACCCCAGCCUUCAGCAAUACUAAACUGAAAGAGAUGACACCGCUAAUAAACCAGGCCUGUGAUGUCCUGCUGUGUAACUUGAAAGUCUAUGCAGACUCUGGCAAAGCUUUUGAUAUCCAGAGGUGUUACAACUGCUUUACCUUGGAUGUCGUUGGUAGCGUAGCUUUUGGUACUGAGGUGGAUUCUCAGAAGAAUCCCGAUGACCCCUUCGUUAAGAAUUGCAGAACAUUCUUUCAAAUGUCUUUGUUUAAGCCUCUCCUCAUUCUAAUCCUUUCUUUCCCAUUCAUUAUGAUCCCAUUGCUUCGGAUUUUGCCGAACAAGAAACAAAAGGAACUGAAUGGAUUUUUUAUCCAAACCAUAAAAAAUGCAAUUGUCUUGAGACAACAGCAAGAUGCAGCUGAGAGGCGCAGAGAUUUUCUCCAGUGGAUGCUCGACUCCCGCGACUCAGCUGACUCCCUGGCAGCCGGGUGUUUGGAUGUGAUGAAUCCAUCUGCCGCUUCCAGACAGAACGAGGUGCCUCUUGCUGGCAGGGCCCCGUCUGAAAAGGUUCAGAAGACAUUAACAGAGGAUGAGAUAGCAGGCCAAGCUUUCCUCUUCCUGAUCGCUGGGUACGAGACCACCACUAGCACACUGUCCUUUGCCACGUACUUGCUAGCCACCAACCCAGAGUGCCAGGAGAAGGUACUUCAGGAGGUUGAUGAGUUCUCAGCAAAACACAUGGUCCCUGAUUACCAAAAUGUACAAGAACUCCCUUAUCUGGACAUGGUGAUUGCAGAGACAUUGCGCAUGUACCCACCUGCAUUCAGGUUCACUCGGGAAACAGCUAAAGACUGCGUGGUGCUGGGGCAGCAUAUUCCAGCUGGGGCUGUCAUUGAAACUGCAGUUGGACAUCUCCACCACAACCCUGAGUUCUGGCCAGAGCCUGAGAAGUUCAUUCCUGAGAGGUUUACAGAGGAGGCCAAGAAGGAACGACAUCCCUUUGCAUACCUGCCCUUUGGGGCAGGACCUCGUGGCUGCAUUGGCAUGAAAAUGGGUUUGCUGGAGAUAAAAAUGACUCUGUUGAGGAUUUUGCAGAAGUUUCAAUUUAAGACCUGCCCAGAGACUGAGAUUCCUUUGCAGCUGAAAUCAAAAGCCACACUUGGACCAAAAAACGGAAUCUACAUUAUGCUAGAAUCUCGCUAAAAGAAAACGUACAUCCUGAAGCCUCCUGGGAUGGGACCCCCUUGUUCAGUGACUCACUGGGUAUAAUUGUUUUUCAAAACCCCAAAGCCAGGUAGGAGCCUAAGUCCCACUGAUGGUCAGUAGGUGCUGCCUCGCUGCCCUCCUAUGGGAGAGCCUCCAGUCACUUUUUUAAAUGAAACAUGGGCUCCACAGUCUUUUUGGUGGUUUUCAAAUUGCUGUGAAUAGUAUCUGUAAAGAAGCAUCCCACUUUCACUUGCUUUUCUACGUUACACUUCCUUUCAGUCGUCUUUGAGAAUGCUUUCUUCAUGUUCAAGUUCAAUAAAUGGAGCAGGUGUUAAGCAUACACGUGAUUUACAAUAGAUUUUAAUUACAAUUCAUUAUUUCACACAUCCUUCUCAUGCACUUAUAAGUCCCUACUGUAGAAAAAGCCCAAGAGGCACCACAGUUACAGCAGAAGACGUGGCAUCUAGUGCACUGGAUUUUAUCAUGAACUCUGCUAAAAAUCAAAGCUGAGUCUCCUGCACAAUGCUUAAUCUCUCCCUGUGUCUGUAAAGGGAAGGAGUUGCACCUUCUUCAUGCUUUUGCAGUUAUUUGAAAUACACUUAUAUUAACAAUUUGCACUUCGCACAUUGCAUCAACAUGACUGAAGAGGAAUGAAGCGUUCCCCUGCUUACCAGUUAAGUUCCAGUAGCUAAGGCCAAAGAAAUGAGGUGACACCCAUUUUUCUGGUUACUGAACUGCUGUUGGGAAGGUGGAGAAAAAGAAGAUACAAAUUUAAAGCAAGCAGGAGGACUGGAAGAAAUUUAAGGGUAAUCAGAAGGUGUUGGUACAACAUCUGCUUCACUUUGAGGCCUUUCCUUUCCAAGCAUUGCAGUUGGUGCCAUCCUUGUCUAGCUCAUUGGCUCAAGAAAAUGAAGAGUGCUGCAUGCAGUAAAGCCAAUGGCAAGGGAGAUCAUCAGUCCCAGCAGCUCUCUUGAUUCCUUAUGUGACCCCAGAGCAGGUCACAUCCCACGUGCCUCACUCCGCUCAGGAAGGAACUUGUCUGAUUGCCAGCUGCGGCAGCACCGUGGAGCCAUUCAAGCUGUAUGACUGUGCACAUGCAUCUUCACAGCCAAAGCAACAGUACGCUUCCACUCUUCACGUUCCCUCCACGCUUUCCUACUCCUCUACAAAGCCCUUCAGUCACCACACAGCUAGUGGAGCAUCACACAACAGUGAUUGAUUGACCAGAAAAAAAACCCCAAACGUUGCCUUCAGUGGGCACCACAAACUGGUUGGCUGUACAACAAAACCAUGAGAGGAGAUGGUCUCAGUCUCAGAGUCCUUUUUUUUUUUAAGUUGUUUUUAUAAAUAGCAAAAAUUCUUAUGGCACCAUAAAAAUAAGGAAGCACCUUUUGGUUCUUGGCAAGUGUUGACCUUCUGCCUGCUGACAUACUCUGCUUGAGGUUUCCUUAGGUACAACCUCUCUCUUGGUGGAAUGCACAGAGACGUGUCAUGGCAGCAGGAGGAAGAGACUGAGUGCUCAGCUUCGCUGCAAGAAUUGCUGGAAGGAGCCAUCUGCUCACUGGUCCCUAGCUAGUUCCAUAGUUUCUCUCCAGCAAGCACCUUUUGCUGCCUUUUUCCCACAUGCUGCCUCAACACUGAUCAAAUUACUGCAUCUUGCUCCUGGAAGAUUUUCUUUCUCUUUCAUGCAUUUUUUUUUUUAUUUUUUAAUUUUUUUUAAAGCAGAACUGUACAGGUAGUGUUGGUAAAGUACUGACUUGGCAGUCUUGGAAUUGUUCCUUUUUCCAUGGAGCAUCUCUGGCAUGCUCAACAGAAGUGCCCUGUUACAGACACACUGAUUAUAUGAAUUACUGAUGGAGUGAAUAUUAUUUAUUUGAAAAGCAACACACUGUAUAUACCCUAGUUCCUACAUAUUAUCCAUCGUUUUUCCCUCUUGAAAACAGUGUCCUGGCAGUUGAUUUCCUGUACAGCUUAUACAUACAACUGGCAAAAAGUUGGAAGGGCCUUGCCUAAAAACUUGCUCACCUACCUGAAUGAGCAGGAAGAUCAUUGCAGUCUGAGGUCACCUGUCAAAGGCUUGUUUGUCCCUUCAAAAUUUUUUUCCUGUUUUUCUUCCUUACGUGAGUUAGCAGGUUGUUGUGUGCUUCAGUUUUGACCAAAUAUUCUGAGCCUAAAUCAAGCUUGUGCCUUUCUUCCAUAUGCUUUUGUAUGGACUGUUCUACAACUUGUCUGAAUGCUGUUUAUAUCCUCAAUAUUUAUCCAAGAAAGUGCCGCUAACGUGUAGAGUAGUUGAACUCAUCUUUCUGUGCCUGAACAGAGCAUUAUCAUCUUGAAUACUGUGUUGACUUCACUGGAAAAAAACAGUACUGCAGUGGCUGCAACUGUGCAUUGCAUUUUACAGGCUUGGAAACUGCACCAAGAGUCUUUCCCAGCCACUCCUAAGUUGAACACAGACAGUAUGUGUGCGUGUAAACUCACUUGAGUCUGUGCUAAGGGUUUUUCAACUGUCCUGCAAAGUUUUCUCAUUAGGAAGAAAUGAAAACCUGUUUUCACCUGUCAGUUUGUAGUGGUGUGGAAUAGAGGAAUUAUUUUUGCAGCUGUGGGCCAAGGCAGAUGUCUGGAAGUGCAUCAUCCCUUGUUCUACAUGCAGGCCUAGCAAGACAGCUAGAGAAGAUGGGGAAAAGCCUGCCAACUUUCCAGUAAUAUAGGAAGAGCUGCAAGCCAUUUCUUCCUUUUAAACAACAGCUGCUGAUACAGUCACCAGACACUGCACAGACAUUUUACCUGGAUACUUACUUAAUGAUACUUACUUAAUGAUGCUGGCCCUCAUCCUGGCUGUGUGGGCUUAGCAACAUACUUACAGAGCGAGCUGUGUUGAGGGACCAGCGCUGCUCUAGCCCCCUGGAAGCACACAUUUGUAAAAAAACAAGACACAAGACUGACAGCAGCUCUCCAAACCAGAAACUGGUAAUGCCAUGUUAAUCACUGUGCUUGUGCACCCAUAUAACAUGGUCUCAAACUGAUCCUGAGCAGAACUGGCUUUAGGAUUCAUAAAAAACCCCCAACAAACUACCAAAAAAAGAGCAUUAUGUUUAUAGUUGCAACAUCAAAACAUAACUUCAUAUCCUUAAGUUAUGGUGACUGUUAGCAUUUCUGGUACAGCAUGCUUCAGUCAACAGCAGUUGAGUCUAGAGAGGAACAAGGAAGCUGAUUUAAAAUAAUUUCUCUCCUCAGAAACAGUAAGUGUGUUGUCUUGCAUUGCUGAGCUGUGGGUUUGUUUAAAAUUGGGCAUGUCUGUUUUACAAAAGGGUCUUAGUCAUUCUCUGACAGCUGAUACAAAGCAAAGGCUGCUCGGUAAAGGAAAGCUUCUAUUAAAAACAUCUUCUGGGACUUUGCAAUGAUUACAGAAAGCUGUCAGUAUAAAAUGGUAUUUUUAAUGAGACUGCUGAUAUAGGAAACCUUUACAGUUUUGUACUUUAUAAAUAGUAUUACUAGAAAAACAAAGCUGCAUGUUAGAAAUUAUUAUGCUUCAUUGAUUGCAAAUUUGAACUAUCUGUUCUCACCUGGCAUUAAUUUCCUCUCUGUGUGUGAUACUUUCUGAAAUGACCACCUUCUCAUUUCCCUUUUUUAAAUGAUGUUUCCAUCUUGGACACCGCUUCACCUAAUAUCAGACUCUUCUGUGCAUUUACAGUAGUAAACAUGCUAAAAGAAUUUACAGCUGACUUAUAAAAUGUUUAUUUCAUUGCUUGGUUCA